UUUCCUUAGCAACCACCUGGCUUCUUAAAGAGGACUUGAAAGAGUAGUUGCCAUCAGCCAUGGCUCCCAAAAAGAAGCCGAACAAAGGUGGUAAAGAGUCUGAGGUCAAGAAGAAGAAAGGGGGCAAAAAGGAUUCAAGUGCCGUCGCCAAGUCUACAGACCCCACCGUGGUGGAGGAGCUGAAGGAGUUCUACCACAAACAGAUCCAAGACCUGGAGGACCGGCUGGCCCGGUACCAGCGGAAGUGGGAUGAGCUGGCUGUGCAAGAGAAGCUCUUCCGCCAGGAGUUCGAGCAGCUGGCCAACAACAAGAAGGAGAUUGUGGCCUUCCUCAAGCGCACACUCAACCAGAGGGUGGAUGAGAUCACGGAGCUCAACGACCAGCUGCAGAGCCUUCAGCUGGCAAAGGAGAUGGAGAAGGACGCUUUCGAGGCACAGCUGGCCCAGGUGCGCCAUGAAUUCCAGGAGACCAAGGACCAGCUCACCACAGAGAACAUUGCCCUCGGGGUAAAGCUGGCUGCCCUGGAAGAAUUUCGGCUGCAGAAAGAGGAACUCACAGACAAGUACUUGAUGCUAGAGGAGCAGCUGAAAAAGCAGGAGAGUGAAUACAAGGACUACGUGUACAACCUGGAGAAGAAGUCUGUGCUGGACAAGGACAGGCUAAGGAAAGAGAUCAUCCAGCGUGUGAACCUAGUGGCCACUGAGUUCCGCAAGGUGGCCACUAACCAGAUGUGGGAGACGACCAGGCGGGCCAUCCUGGAGAACAACAACGUGACUCUGCAGCUGUCCUGGGUGUCUCAGCAAGGGGUGCAGCUACUGCAGGAGAACGAGCAGCUCAAGGGCGUGCAUGAUAAACUGUACCAGCAGGUGGAGCUCCUGGAGAACACCCAAGAGAUCAUGGCCAGAAACAACAGAGGCCAUAAGAAGGUCAUUCUCAUGCUGACAGAGAAGUGCCGCCAGCAGAGGCAGGUCACAGAGGAGGCAGAGCAGCUUCGCCUCCUGCUGGCCGAACUGGAGCAGAACUUCCAGAAGCUGCAGAAGGACGACCAGACCCUGAGGAGUGAGAAAGACCAGCUGGAACAGCAGCUGAGGGAACAGCAGGCAGAGGUGAAUCGGCUCCGAAAGAAGCUGGCUGAGGAACAGAAGGUUCGGGCCAGGCUGGAAACGGUCCUGGCCCAGGCCACCUCCCUCCUACAGGAAAUUGUGCAGAUGCGAACAGAUGCGGAGGAUGGGGACUUUGACGUAGUGUUCCAACUGCAGCGGAAGGAGCUGCUGCAGCAGUUGCUGGCCCUGCUCAUCUCAGCUGUGGCUUCCAAACUGCAGCUGGCUAUGCACUGCCACCAGGAAAACCAGCCCCAGGGCCCAACCAAAGAGAGCACCCAGAUGAUAUCCAGGACCUCGGCUGCUUCUCUGAUGCAGGAGCUCUCAGCCAUCACAACCUACAAGCCUGGGGAUCUCGGGCUGGUGCCUCGCCGGGUCCACAUCCCACCCAACCCCCAGGACCUCAGGGCUCUUUCCUAUGUCACCCGAAUGGGGAUCUGCCAGUUACAGAACACUAAUGAGAUCUCCCCAUCUGGCGCUCUCAAAAGAUUCAGAAAGUUCAGCCUUCCUAAACCUUUCCUACACCGUAAGUAGCGCACGGAGAGACCAAGCCAGCGCAGACAUAGACUGUUGUGGCCACAGUUCCUCCUUCACCUGCGAGUGGCCUGGGGCAACCCAGAAGUUAUAUAAAGAGUGGGUACCACAUGA